AUGCCCCGAACGCGGAACUCAACAGCGAUUUUUAUAAUGAAUCUGUCUUCAUCGGACUUACUUUUUGACUGUUUCAACCUCCCGUUGGCGGCUUCUACGUUUUUGAGGAGGUCUUGGAUACACGGUGAUCUACUUUGCAGGUUUUUCCCUCUAAUGCGUUAUGGUUUAUUAGCUGUUUCGCUAUUUACCGUAUCACUCAUUACUAUUAACAGAUACAUUAUCAUCGCACAUCCACGACAGUACUCCCGAAUCUACCAGCGUCGGUAUUUGGCCUUAAUGAUUGCGGGAACAUGGAUAACUGCCUUUUCCAUAAUGAUACCUACCUGGCGAGGUGUGUGGGGUAGAUUCGGAUUGGAUACAUCGAUUGGAUCCUGCUCUAUUUUGCUUGAUGACAAUGGCCACACUCCAAAAGAAUUUCUCUUCAUUGCUGCAUUUAUGGUUCCUUGCAUUUGCAUUGUGGUUUGCUAUGCACGAAUUCUUUAUCUCGUCCGAAAGGCAGCAUUUAGACACCGCGAAGCUCCUGCUAAAAAUAUUUCUUUCCAAAAUGAAAUUGCCAUUCCACCUCAACCCGACUCUGAAAAAAAUCUUAAUGACAAUCAACCUAUGAAAACCACUAAUGUGGCAGAAAUGCAUGAGGAAAUGAAACCAUUUGAUGUUUAUGAAGAAUUAGAAUAUAUCGACGUAAGUGACUCAUACGACAAUGGGCCGGAGUUCGAUGGAAUAGACAGUGUGCAAAAUCUUAAUAAAGAAGACAAUACAAAUACUAUUCAUGUAAAAAAU